GAGAGACCUAGGAAGGGCGGCUGAUUUGUGAGACUAACCAACAAGCUGAAAGACAUCAUGCAAGACAGCCUGGAGCAAAGAGCUUGCCAUCAAUAGAAUCAUGUCAGGGAACACUCCAAAACAACCAGCUAUAAGAAGCCAUCAUCUAUGAUUAAAAGAAGUUAUAUCCAGGACCAUGCAUGUACCACAGCAGAAGAGCCUGAGGCCUCCUUUUACAAUGUAUAUACGUAUAAAGUGGACCGUACAUGCAUGCUACAUGCAACAAAGGCCAGCGAUUGAGAAGCCUGGCCAAAAUCUCAUCCGCCCUGUGUUUGACUGUGGGAGGGAGCAGCUCAAUACUUGACUGAAAGUGGUCGUCAUUCUCUGUUUUACGUUUUAAUAAUCCAUUCUCGUUCACACAGUUAAUGUGCAUGUGACGCUCAUUCAUCUCCAAAAUGAUCUUGUUGUUGCCAAACCAGUUCAAGAUACGACAAGAAAUGAAGAUUUUGAUGAGCUCGAGCAUUCUUCCUCAUUAGUAUUCUCACCUGAGUUUGCCAAUGUGGUCAAUAUCGAUGGAUUGAAAAUUAAAGACGGCAAGGUGUUUGUUAUUUGGAAGUGGCAGGUGUUACAUCCACAAGACAAGACGGUAAUAAUAGUGAGGGGAAUUGCUGUUUGUUUUCGGCCAACGGAACCCCGGACUAUUCAGACGCAGAGUCUGAAACAGUCACACACCAUACCUUUCAAGGUGAUCGGAUGUAUUAAGGAAAAACUAUAUCCAUGCAGAAGUACUCUGAAAAGCAAGUGUACUUAUUGACGAAGGUGUACCUAUACCGGAUCAUCGUGUAGCCAUACACAAGAACCCGUACAGAGGUAUUUGCGAUCUUACUUUUGCGAAGUUCGCAUACUUAUGGUUGUUUGAUGUUCGCAAAACAUUGUUGCACGUAAUAGGAUAAUAGUGUGUCUCCUCGCUGCACUAUGGACAUGCGUAGGAGUUGUCUCCCUCCAGGAGGUCUGGUUUGAUGGAGCGGUGGAGAGCUUUGGAGAGGGCCGUGCAGUUCUUGAUGUCCAGACUCAUGUCCAGGAGGGGGUCAUACGUGUUGGAUGUACGCUGGCACUCGAGGCACUUCACUACAAGGGGGGGAUGAGAAUGUAUAAUAAGGUACAAAUUUGCUGCCCAAUUAAUCCUAGUAAAAGCCGUUAUAUAUAAAUGUACUGAACUAUACAUAGGGCAAAAGGGAUCGAGUCAAGAUUCAUCUACUAUAAUUAUGAGUGUGUACGUGCCUGUAAGUACAUUGAUAGCAAUCUUGAAUGGCAUGCACGCGCGUGCAUAUAACAAGUAAAGAUAAAAGACAAAAAGUUCUGACUGACUUCUCGCCUUAAUUAAUUCCCUCACCUUGACUUCUGUGAUAGCCGCUAAAGAUCUGGUGGAUGACAGUGGUUGCCUUGGAGUGGGGGUCCAGCUUAGUCGGGUAACCAUGGAGACAACUCCUCUGCAGUCCAUCGAUGAAAUAGCGCAGAAACUCGUGAGCAUCUUCUUGUCUUCCGAGUCUAAAGUGCCUCGCGAUGGCUACAAAAAAGAAGAAAAGGAGUCAUGUUAGUAGAACAGUGCCUGAGCAGGCAAAGCAAAUAAUUUAUGCGUCCAUUUUGAAUUAUUAAAAUAGGCAAGUUCACCUCUGAGGUGAUGCACAAUGGAGACUGGUUUGACACAGUUGGCAGUGAUCGAGCACUUGACCACAGUGCUUCUGGAACUCACACAUUGUGCAGAGUCCCGAGAGACCACCUGUUAACAAUGAUCAUCGACAAUUUUUCCACCAUUUGUUUUGAGUCGCUCUGGAUCUCAACGCUCCUUCCCUAUCAGAAGAAAAGGUCCAGAUUCUUAUGCUGAUUUGAGUACUGCCAGGACUAGUACUACUUUUGAGGUAAUAAGAGUGUUAUACACACUCCAUGCAGACCUAAACAUUAUGAAAUCUGUAUACAAGAAGAAUAUAACCUUCUCCUAGAAUACGAAUUCCUGUCUGAUAAAGGUAAGUAAAAGAAGUGUAACAAUUGAUGACAUGGCAUUAAUUAAUUCCAACACAAGUAGGCUGGUUUGUAUCUGUCACUGCAUGCAACAAUUUUUUUAGGCCAACUUGAUGAAAGUCACAGUAUUUCACUUGACGUUAUAAGUGAAAGCACUUAUGUUAUGGAUCGUUUCCUUGAAGAGCCUGAUGACGUGCCCAGUGGAUUGUUACCUGCUCCAGAGGUUGAUUUUAUGGUUGAUUACAAGUUCAUGAAAAUUGGUCUAUAAAACAAGUAUAGUGAAUUGGACAUAGGAACGUAUGACACUCUUCCUCCAUUGAUAAAAGAUGCAUCAUCUAGGCUUCAUUCAGCAGUGUUUAAUGGAGAAGUUACCAAAGUGCGUUUGCUUGUUGAGGUCUUCAAAUGCAGUCCUCAUACUGUUAAUAAAGUAGGUCUUACUGCUUCACACACAGCAGCUGUUAGCGGCAACCUAAGUCUGUUGGAAUACUUUUUGGAAGAUAGAUUGGUUUUUGCAGGAAUUCAAUCCCACACCAACUUGUCUUUACUUCAUGUUGCUGCUUACAAUGGUCACCAGAUGUUAGUUAAGUACCUUGUUAAGGAUCAUCAAAUGGAUCCGCUUCUGUUAGACAAGUGGCUGAAUUCUCCAUUGCAUGAAGCCUGUCUUAAUGGUGAUCUUGAGACCGUGAAGUAUUUGGUGAAUGAAAUUAAAGAGAGUCAACCUUUUUACAUCAAUCAGAAAACAAGCAAUGGGCUUACUUUUAUGCAUUGCGCUGCAAUUUCUGGAAUUGCAAAGCUAAUGGAAUAUCUUCUAAAGGCUUCGUAUGAAAGCCCUCUUAUAGUUCAUAUUGGAGAUAAGUAUGGAAUGACAGCUCUCAUGAUUGCAUCCUAUUAUGGAUACGAAGACAUUGUUGAGCUACUGACGUCAACGGAGUUCACCCCUCAGGACUCAGAAGCUUUGAACAUGAAAGAUAAUUUUGGUGAGUCAGUUCUAUUGAAAGCCUGCUUACAAGGACAGCAAAAGGUGGUUGAAGUGUUGGUUAAAUCGAAAUGUGAUGUCAAUACACAAAAUAUGAAUGGUGAGACUACAUUAAUAGUGGCUGCUCAGAAUGGUGACCUGGGGAUAGUUGAAAUAUUGAUAGACGCUGAUGCUUCUGUAAAUCAACAAAGAAACGAUGGUUCGAGUGCAUUGUAUAUAGCAGCUCAGAAUGGUCAUAUAAGGAUAGUGGAGGCCUUGAUUGCAGCAAAUACCAAUAUUAAUUUGGAAAAUAAAGCAAAGUCUACAGCACUACAUCGAGCUGCUAAUAACGGACAUGACGAGAUAGUGAGAGUGCUCUUGGAUGCAGGUGCUAGAGUUAAUGUUAAGAGUGAGUCUGCUACAACUCCGCUAAUGUCAGCAGCAAUAAAUGGGCACACAAACAUUGUUGAGCAGCUUCUAUUAAAAGGAGCUGACAGGUCAAUUCAAAACAAGUAUCCUGAAGGCUUUAAUACUGCUUACGAUCUGGCUGUAAUACGUGGACAUGUGAAAGUAUGUGAAGUGCUUCGUCGGUAUCCAUAAAUAUAAUAUUGUUUGUCUAUUUGUUUUUACGUUCUAUGAGCUAACUAUAUUCAGAUACAGUCAUUCUUAGUAACAGCACAUUGCAAUCGUAUAUAUAAUUAUAAUGACUCGGAGAGGAAGAAA